AUGGCGGAGCUGCAGCUGGACCCAGCGAUGGCGGGGCUGGGAGGGGGUGGCGGCAGCGGGCUAGGUCCCGGUCCGCCCGAGCGGGCAGGGGGCGGCGGCGCGGCCCGCUGGGUCCGCCUGAACGUAGGCGGCACCUACUUCGUGACCACCAGGCAGACCUUGGGCCGGGAGCCCAAGUCCUUCCUCUGCCGUCUCUGCUGCCAGGAGGAUCCGGAGCUGGACUCGGACAAGGAUGAGACCGGGGCAUAUCUGAUUGACCGAGAUCCCACCUACUUUGGUCCUAUCCUAAACUACCUCCGACACGGGAAACUCAUCAUUAAUAAGGAGCUGGCAGAAGAAGGUGUGCUGGAAGAAGCAGAAUUCUACAACAUCGCGCCUCUAGUGCGACUGGUUAAGGAAAGGAUACGGGACAACGAGAACAGAACUUCACAAGGCCCCGUGAAGCAUGUGUACAGAGUCCUGCAGUGUCAAGAGGAGGAGCUGACACAGAUGGUCUCCACCAUGUCUGAUGGAUGGAAAUUUGAACAGCUAAUCAGCAUCGGGUCUUCCUAUAACUAUGGAAACGAGGACCAGGCAGAAUUCCUCUGUGUUGUAUCCCGAGAACUAAAUAACUCUACCAAUGGCAUUGUCAUCGAGCCUAGUGAAAAGGCAAAGAUUCUUCAGGAGAGAGGAUCUCGGAUGUGA